AUGGAGUCAACUGCGUUAAACGGGAGGAUGGCUAGGCGGCAAAUCCUACUCUCUGAGUGUGAUAUAGUCUACGUAAAUCAGAAGGCUAUCAAAGGGAGCACAAUAGAAGAAUUUUUGGCCAGCAGAGCUUUAGAAGACUACGAACCUCUGAAUUUUGAUUUCUCGAAUGAAGACUUGAUGUGUGUGGCGAAGUUAAACUUUGACGGAGCUUCGAAUGCUGUAGGUAAUAAAAUUGGGGCAGUCCUUGUGUCCUCAAAUAGAGAUCAUUAUCCUUUUACCAGUAAAUUAGAUUUUGAUUGCACUCAUAACAUGGCUGAAUAUGAAGCUUGCAUUAUGGGCAUCCGGGCAGCCAUAGAGCGAAAAAUUAAGAUACUGGAGGUAUACAGAGACUCUACAUUGGUAAUAUACCAACUCAAAGGGGAAUGGGAAACGAGAGACUCAAAGUUAAUCCGCUAUUGA